AUGGUUGUGUGUUGGUUGGCAGGUGCAGCUGCUUCAGAAGCGGUUUCUGGCGCAGGCGGCGGUGUCUAUCGACCGGGAGGUGGAGUUUCUCCAGUGAAGAAGUUUGCACAGCAGAUGGUGUGUGUGGGUGCGCAGGUGCAGCUGCUGCAGAAGCGGUUGCUGGCGCAGGCAGCGGUGGCCAUCGAGCGGGAGGUUGAGAUGCUCCAGUGA